UCGUAAUCCGCCUCUUCCUCUUCCCUGACAAGCAUCACGCUUUCCCACUGUGACCUCAGACUGUCGUUGAGCCAAUGCAUGCCUCCUAGCACAAGUUUUAAUGAAACCUGAAGGGAGAGCAUCAUAAAUAAAUUGAACUAAGUAUCGGCUUCAGUAUUUAAUUGGUGACUUGUUCAGCUGACCCGACCCGACGGAGACAUGGCCGAAAUCGAAGAGCUUUCCCCGGCGUCGGGCCCGGUGUCUACCCGGCCCCCCGAAGACGAGAUUGACGACGAUGAAGAUGAAGAUCUGGAUGAGACAUUGAUGGAGAGGUUGUGGGGCCUGACAGAGAUGUUUCCUGACACUGUUCGUACAGCAGCCGAGAUGUCUGCACACUGCUCAGUCUCACUGGCAAAGAAGUUUUACAGUUUCUCCCGCUCUGCGCUCUGGGUGGGCACUACCUCCUUCAUGAUCCUGGUGCUGCCUGUCGUGUUUGAGACAGAAAGACUACAGCUGGAGCAGCAGCAGCUUCAACAGCAGAGACAGAUCCUGCUGGGGCCCAACACUGGAAUGUCUGGUGGGAUGCCGGGCAUGAUGCCUCCUGCGCCCGGCAAGAUGUGAGAAACAACGAGGAGCCGUAAAGAACCUGAGAUCCACUGCUCACGAUGCCGCAUGGCCGGCAACGAGGAGAGACAGAGAGACCUUGGAGAAGAGCAAAGAACUGCAUUUAAAUGUGAAAGAAGAAGAAGAAAAAAAAAGCUGUAUGUCAACGGUGAAACAUUUUGCUCACUCCAACGCAUUGGAUCGUCUAAUGUGAUCGGAGGAGGAGGAGAAUGUGAUGCGUUUGUAAGCCUUCUCCCUCGCUGUCUCUCCUUACUCUAACAUCAUGCAAAGACUUAUUCCCAGGAGCACUGCUUCUGUUUUUUUUCUUUUCUUUCUUUUUUUUAAAAAUAUAAACUGAUAUCAACAUGAAUAAUGUGUUCUUUUGGGGACAGCAGGUACAGGUGGAUACAUUGAAAGGAAAAAUAAGGAAGUAACCCAUUAUUUGUCUGUUGUGGCAGUGUGAAAAAAAACACAUGUAUAGUAUGUUGGAGGUUUUGUUUAUCAUGGUUGCUGGUUCCUCUUCUUUGUGAUGCUAAGGACAUCUCAAAGACUGAUCUGGUGCACAUGUAGACCUUGUUAAUUAAUACGAAUGUCGUCUACAGGAUGGCCUGGUGCAGUUCUACCACUGAAAUGACAGCCCACGUGGUGUGUUCUGUGCCUCAGUCUUUACAAUACCCCCAGUUCCUCAUCUUUCUACAUGUGUACAGUAAAGUAGAGUUGCAAUGCCUCUCACUUCCCACCUGCAACAGUUACUAGUUUUAUUAUUUCUCUGUCGCUUUUAAACAUGGAUCACAUAAUGCAGCGACACAAUCUGUUAUUAAGCAUCAGAAAUAGAAGAACAUUUACUUUGUCAUAAAAGAGAGAAACCAUGUCUGAAGUUACUUAACAAAACAACACUCUCUGUUGUCAUACAUGUGAUAAUUGAGAAAUCCCCUUCGGUAAGCAAAAGCCAUCUCUGUUUUGUCUCCAACACGACUGCAGUAAUUAAAACUCCAAAUCAAGUGUAAA